ACCGCCACUUCGCCUUGACGUCGAUGGGUGGCACCAAGGCGGCGACGUCCAUGUCGACAACAUACCUGCAGGUCAUCCAGAGCCUCGAAAGCACGGUCAAGAUUGCUGGCAAGUGCGCUCUAACGGGCGAGCUAUCUGAUAUUGGCACGCCCAAGCUUGGCGUCGACAGUUCGCAAGGCCACAAGCCGUCGCCGGAUCUGGUGCCGGUCAAGCAGCCAGCUUCGGUCAUCACCAGCUUUGGCGCCGCGCCGCUGGUCGUGCCCAAGGAGCACAUCUACUUUGUCCAAGGCGAGCACGCGUGGGCGCGCUACCUUGACGGCUGGACGCUGCACAUCGUCACGAGCGUCCUCAAGCCUACGUGUCGACCCCCCGUGCUGCAUCUAUCGCCCGUGCUCACGCCGUCGCAUGUGCCCCGGGGUACGUUCGGGACGUCGCCGUGCGCCCGGCGCAUCACCAUUACGGGCCAGGACGACAUUGCGUGGACGCAUAAAAGUAUGACCAUGAGCUUCGCCGUGUGGUACAACGACUGCAGCCUCGCUGUGGCGCCGAUCACAGCGCCCGGCAACCGCGCCUACCUCGUGUACAACUUGGUGACGAGCGACGGCGAGCCGCAUCGGAGAGGUCCGGCAUCCACGUCUUCCGCCGCCAGCGAGCUCGCGGCCCUCGCUGCCCAGCCCCACCAGCUUGACACCACGCGCUUCAAGGUCGCGAUGCUGCUCUCGUCGCUGCGGGCGUCGCGGCAGCAGCUCACGAGCACUGAGAUGCACACGCCCAAAUGCAACAAGGCGCGGCAAGAAGCCCUCGACAUUACGACAUGGCGUCAACCGUACCAACGCGGUACCAUCAAGUACUCGGACGUCCCUCUUGACACGCAUGACGGCAACGACAAGGAGCGAGACACGGACGCGUCGGACGCCGAAUUCUGCAGCGACGACAAGAGGUUGGACGCCGCCGUGGACAAGAAGCGGCGACACACUGCCGUCGACAAGAGCUUUCUCUGCAAGACAAAGACGACCAAGAAGCGUCGCCAUGACGGGACAGAGAAGGAAGGCGACGGCGACGAGUUGCCAAUGGCGCUUGUGUACGACCACAGAGACUGGCCGCACCAAAGCGACUCGGAUUGUGACGACGAUGACGACACGGACGCCGAUGCGGGUGUCGACGCGGCGUAUCGCAAAGCCCAAGCCCGCGGCUACAAGUACUGCGUCUGCGACGAGAUUCCGACACGCGAACCGUGGCGCGCAUCACCGAAGCACCCGACGUCGUCGACCUCGAUGCAAUCCACACUCCUCGGUCGGUCGGUCGGUCGGUCGGGCGCUGGGUCACACGGCGCGCGCCACCGAUCGCGCCUCGCGGGCAUCGAUGUCGCUGUCGCCGCCCUCGAGAAAGACCCAAAGACGACCCAGCUGACAACCGCUGCGGGCCCGGCCGAGUGCGCAAUGAUGAGACCUGUCGUCGCAAAGACGCCUGAGCCCACGAUGAUGCUCGUGCGCUACGACGAUGUCGACGACUACGAGUACGAGCUCGGGCGCCACGCACUGCGCAACGACGACGCCGACGACGAGCUGAGUUUGGGGUUGCUGCCGUCGGCCGCGCCCAAGCCCCGCGGCCUCCUCCGGAAGAGGUCGUUCUUGGCCGUGUGCGGUGCGACGCUCGUGUGCCUCAUGCUCGUGCCCCUUGCGCUGUACCUUCAGCCGACGGCCGCUGUCAAUGCGGCGCCAGCGCUGCUGUUCGCCACCACCACGGACACUGUCAAUGCCACCGGGACUCCGACGCCGCGUCCAUGA